AUGGAAGCUAAACUAAAGAGAGAAUUGAGGAUGAAGAAGAUGAAGAUAGUAAUGUGAAGGAAGAUGAAGGCAAUUGGGAAGAUAUCAGACUAUAGACAGCGAGAUAGGAAGAAUCCUGGAUGAGUGCGAGUUGAUUUUGACCAUAGCGUCAAUAAUCAAGUUUCGAUCGAGAUAGAGUGGAUGAAAAAGCAAAUGAAGAAAUGACUACACUUCUCAAUGCAAGAUUUGAAAAUUAAAGACACAGACUGCAAAGUUAGUAGAAAUAAUGCUAUAUAUUAUAUUAAAAAUUUCAAACAAUGAUUAUGCUUAUUUUACAUAAAUUCUAUUGCUAUCUUUUGAUUUUAA